GGAGAGAGUCAUCGUUCUCGUGCUCGCGGCCCGUAUUUGCCUGACUCGAGUGACACUACAGUAACCAGUACAGAUCCCAGCGCGUGUGUGUAUCGGUACAUGUACAGAGUACGUCCCUUGCAGAUGCUUGCAAGUAAAUUGGGGCCGAGAUUGUUCGCUGGGUUGAAAGGCUGUUCUAUGAUUCUAGUGGCCCUGAUGCAAUCCCAGAAGCAGGAUCGACAUGACGGUGGAUGAGCUGAGGCCCCUGCCAAAGCCAUGGAUCAUGGUUCUUGAGGUAGAUGGAUCAAGAUGGGCGGGGGAAGGGGGCCUAGCAGACCACCACUCUAGUGAAGACACUGGACGACGGUUGGAAUUAGGAAUUUGGAAUUUAGGAUUAGUUAGAGGCUUGGGGCUUGAAGGAGGGGGAGGGGGGGCGUGGAUAUUCCCAAUCCCAAUUCCCUUUGAUUUGGCGUUGGCGCCGUCGGGAACGGUCCAAGGGCCACCGAGCGGAUCGGGCCAAGAUGCGGGUGAGGACAGGGCCCAGCAACGACGGUCUCAACGUUGGUGUUUUGGCGUGCGAACCAGCGACGGGAGCUUUGGCCUUGGGCACUCCGGACUCUGUUGCCAAUUGGCUUUCACCCGCACCCCAAUGGUACUCCGUAGUGGGGAGGCGAAUAGAUACCUGGGUCGGUACUUUGCAGCACAUGACACAAACAAUUGUGUCCCCAGGUGGUGGUCCCAGAUGCUAGGUCCAGACUGGGAAAACCCCAGCCAGCCGUCUUCCCCAUUCGUUUCGUUUCGUUCAGCCCAGGCCAGUCUCCUUUCAGGUCAGGCAGCCGGAAAAAGCAGCCAAGACAAGGCUAAGCCCGAAGCACCAGCCCAAAACGGGCGACGGGGCGACGGGGCGGCGGGCGACGGGGCCAAGAGGCAGUAA